AUGGCUCGUGCCACCUCCGCAGCGCUGGCGCUGCUCAUCUUCCUCCUCUGCCGGCACGCCCACGCUGACGCGGCCACGACGCUGUCGCAAGGGCAGUCGCUGGCGGGCAACGACAAGCUCCUAUCGGCCAACGGCGCCUUCUCGCUCUCCUUCUUCUCGCCGCGCGGCGGCGACGGCUCGCGGGUGUACCUGGGCGUCAUGUUCGCCAGGGCCGCGGAGCCGACCGUGCCGUGGGUGGCCAACCGCGACGCGCCGGUGCGCGCCGCGGCCCCGUCCUACUCCGCCACCGUCACCGACUCCGGGGACCUCCGGGUGCUGGAGGGGGAGCGCGUCGUGUGGCGGACCAACACGACCUCGUCGGCGGGGAACUUCACGCUGACGAUCCAGGACACGGGGAACCUCGUGCUCGCCGGCGGCGGCGGCGCGCAGGCGGUGCACCUGUGGCAGAGCUUCGACCACCCGGCGGACACCUUCCUCCCCGGGAUGAACAUUACGCUGGCCCGGCGAAACGGCGCCGUCGUCAGGCAGACGCUGUUCCGGUCGUGGAGGAGCCCCGACGACCCGGCCCCCGGCAACUUCACGCUCGGGCAGGACCCGCUGGGCUCGGCGCAGCUCUUCAUAUGGCGCCGGAGCGAGGACGGCAGGGACGUGACGCACUGGAGGUCCGGGCAGUGGGCCAAGGGUAGCUUCGUGGGCAUCCCGUACCGGCCGCUCAACCUCUACGGCUUCCAGCUCUCCGGCGACCCGUCCCAGACCAACGGCCUGUUCUACACCUUCCAGCGCUUCAACUCCUCGCAGUACAGGUUCGUGCUCCAGCCCAACGGCACCGAGACGUGCUACCAGCUCGUGGACGCCACCGGCGCCUGGGAGGUCGUCUGGUCGCAGCCGACGCUGCCGUGCCAGGCCUACAACACGUGCGGCCCGAACGCCGAGUGCUCCGCCGCCGACCACUGCUCCUGCCUCAAAGGUUUCGAGCCGAAAUCCGAAGCGGAGUACAGCAACGGGGUGUGGACGCAGGGGUGCGUGAGGAGCAGCCAGCUGACGUGCAGCGAGAGGAACGUGAGCAUGAGCGGCGGCGACGGGUUCGCCGUCCUCACCGGCGUGAAGCUGCCGGACCUGGCGGCGUGGGAGUCGGCGGUCAUCAGCGCGGACGCGUGCAGGCAGUGGUGCCUGGCCAACUGCACGUGCAACGCGUACAGCUACAGCGGCGGCACCGGGUGCCUGACCUGGGCCCGGGAGCUGGUGGACGUCUACCAGUUCCCCGCCGGACAGUUCCCCAACGGACAAGGAUUUGACCUGCACAUCAAGGUCCCGGCUUCUCUAUUAGAUUCAGGCUCCAAACGAAGGACAAGGAUUAUCAUUAGCGUAGUAAUCGUCCUGGCGGUUGUACUGGCCGCAUGCGGCUUUCUCCUGUGGAAAUGCAGAAGAAGAAUCACAGAGAAACUCGGCGUCCGUGGCGGGAAAAAGAGGACGGGAGCCGCACUGAUGCUGCGCCCUUCCACGAUGAAAGCCAAGCACGACUUCUCAGGGCCGAAGCAGCCCGAUCAGGAGGUGGCGGAGAACGGCGACGGCUGCGAGCUGCCGAUGUUCACCCUGGAGACCCUGGCGGCGGCCACCGGCGGCUUCAGCGAGGCCAACAAGCUCGGGGAAGGAGGGUUCGGCCUCGUGUACAAGGGCAGCCUCCCAGGCGGCGAGGAGGUGGCGGUGAAGCGGCUGUCCAGGAGCUCCGGGCAGGGGUGCCAGGAGUUCAAGAACGAGGUGACACUCAUCUCCGAGCUGCAGCACCGCAACCUGGUCAGGAUCCUGGGCUGCUGCAUCCAUGGCCACGAGAAGAUGCUGGUCUACGAGUACAUGCCCAACAAGAGCCUCGACGCCUUCCUCUUCGAUCCGGCGAGGCGGGGGCUGCUGGACUGGAAGACGAGGCUGCACAUCAUCGAAGGGAUCGCGCGGGGGCUGCUGUACCUCCACCGGGACUCGAGGCUCCGCGUGGUGCACCGCGACCUCAAGGCCAGCAACAUCCUCCUGGACCACGAGAUGAACCCCAAGAUAUCCGACUUCGGCAUGGCCAGGAUCUUCGGCGGCGAUAAGAACCAGGAGAACACCAACCGCGUCGUCGGCACACUAGGCUACAUGUCGCCGGAGUACGCGAUGGAGGGCCUGUUCUCGGUGAGGUCCGACGUGUACAGCUUCGGCAUCCUCAUCCUGGAGAUCAUCACCGGCCAGAAGAACAGCAGCUUCCACAACAUGGAGGGCUCGCUCAACAUCGUAGGCUACGCGUGGCAGAUGUGGAACUCGGACAAGGGGGAGCAGCUGAUCGACCCGUUGAUCCGGGCAUCGAGCUCGGCGUCGGCGUCGCGCGAGGCGCUUCGGUGCGUCCACAUGGCGCUGCUGUGCGUGCAGGACCACGCCGGAGACCGGCCGGACAUCCCGUACGUGGUGCUGGCGCUGGGCAGCGACAGCUCCGUGCUGCCGAUGCCCAGGCCGCCCACCUUCACGCUGCAGUGCACGUCCUCGGACAGGGACAGGUUCAGGGGGAAGGCCGGCGACGAGUCCUACUCCGCCUGCGACCUCACCGUCACCAUGCUUCAAGGGAGGUAG